AUGCUCUUUGGCCUUCCAAGCACAGAAGCUGCGGAUGAGGAUUGCUUUCAGUGUAACGUCUGGGUUCCGUAUGGGGAGCCUCCGGCAAACGGGUGGCCCGUUCUCAUCUUCAUCCACGGCGGGUUCUUGCAAUUUGGCACGCCGAACUCCUUCUCAGCUGCAGCUCUUCUAGGUGAGACGGACUUCAACGCCAUAAUUGUCAUGCCAGCCUACCGUUUAAAUGUAAUCGGCUUUCUCUAUUCUUCAGAACUAGAGCAAGACGCCGCCUCCGUGGGUGAAACUGUCGGAAACCACGGCUUCUGGGACCAGCGCAUGGCCCUGGAAUGGAUCAAGGAGAACAUUGGCUUAUUCGGCGGCAACGGCUCUCAAAUCACCCUAGCCGGCUACUCUGCAGGCGCAUACUCCGUCUGCUACCAACUAACCUACGACCUAACCCUCCCAGAGACCGAGUCCAUCAUCAAGCGAGCCUGCAUCUGGUCUAACUCCUUCACCGUACAGCCCAAAAACCCAGCACUGGCCCAAUCCCAAUUCAACCAGCUGCUCUCUGCCCUCAACAUCCCCAUCUCACUACCAGCAUCCGAAAAGCUCUCCCGCCUCCGCUCAACCCCUUCCUCAACCCUCAUCUCCGCCGCAGCAAGCAUAGACCUGCAUGAGUUCCGCCCCACAACAGACAACGCCUUCAUCCCAAACAACCUCUUCCACUCCCUCGACAACGGCACCUUCGCCAGAACCCUAGUCACCCGCAACAUCCACAUUAUCACCGGUGAGUGCCGCGACGAACACUUCCUGUACGGGACAUACCGCCGCCCCGAAAAGAAUACCCUUGGCUCGCUCCGCGCUCGGCUCCUAGCGGAUUACCCACGGCCCAUCGUAGACGCCCUCAUGAAGGUAUACUACCCCAACGGCAAACUGCCGGCGGGCUGUACCGACUGGACAUCCGACGCCUUCGGGCGAAUUUACGCGGACAUGCAGAUCCACCACAUGCAGCGCGGGUUCAUCUACGCGCUGACGAACCCCAUCACCAACGACACUAGUCUCGGCGCAAAAGUCUCAAAGCUCAUCCACCGCUACCGCAUGGAGUACCGUCUGAAAUGUGCGGAUGUCUCUGCCCCGCCUGAAUGGGGGGUUACCCAUGCUACGGAUCAGUAUAUCUGGUUCUGGGGGAAUGGGCAGGUCGUUCUUCCGGAGGAGAAGGAGAUUAUCAAGGAUGCGGUCAUUGGUCCGUUUAUAAGGUUUGUGCAUGGGGAGCAGGAGCUAGGAUGGGGGACGAAUGAACAUAGGGAGAUGAGGACGUUGAGGCCGGAUGGGCGAGUGGAGAUUUGGUGGGAUGGGUUAUGGGAUGAAGCGGUUCGGACGUGGAGAGCGUUGAGGGAGAUUGCGGAGUUUGGAGAAGGAAACGGAGGGGCUAGGCUUUAG